GCGGUCGACCUGAUCGGACUGUGCCGGUCGUCAGCCGAGGUGAAGCUGAUAUUGACCCGGAAGGAGGGAUGCAACUUCUUCGGAUCGUUCCCGUACCGCAGGCUGGUGAUGGCCAUGGACUUGAAGCAAAAGGAGUUCGUGGCUCACGGCAGUGUGCAGCAGAUCCUGGAAGUAGCGUGGGCGGGCAACUGGUACGAGUGGCGGGACCGCGGGAAUACGUACGGGGCCUCCACCGUUCUGGUCCGAGUGCCCCUGCUCCUGUGGAUCGUCGUCUUGCACCUGUUCGCGCCGUAUUCAAAGAGCGGCGAAUACUACUCGUUGCCUGUGAACAGGAUGAUCAACUAUCUGGCAUCGUACGCUGUAUUCUUGGUGGUGCUGACGUGGGCCAACAACCUGGACAAGACGGCAAUCGAGUGCACCGGCGACCGACUGGGCCUGGUGCUCCGCACGAUCAUCGUGCUAUACGCCGCCAUGUUCAUGGUGCGCACCGUGAAGCUCGUCAUCGUACAGGGUCCCCGGCGGUUCUUCAGCAUGCUAUGGAACGUGUACGACUGCGUCAAGCUGUGCAUGCUGGCCGCCACAGCCGUGUGCUGGUGGAUGUCGUACGCGAACCCGCACGACCCACCGAUCGAGCGCAAGUACUGGCCGUCGUCGGACCCGACGCUAGUCGGCGAAGGACUGCUGGCCGUGGUCACGGUUAUGUCGUUCCUGCGGCUGCUGUUUCUGUGCCAACUCAGCUACUCACUGGGCCCGCUACAGGUGUCUUUGGGCAAGAUGACCACGGACUUUGCUCGGCUGGCCGCCGUGUUCGGCAUCAUCAUCGUGGCGUUUACCGCGGGCCUUUGCCGAUUCUACCAGUACUACGAGGGUAUGACGCACGUCGACCCGGACACUGGUUACGAGACCAAGCAGGACGAGUCGUUCGUCAACGUGUACUCGACGCUCAAGACACUCUUCUGGGGCGUGUUCUGCAUGACCUCAUCCACCGCCGGCACGGUGGUCAUCGAGAACGCGGCCGCCGACGACGGGGAGAAAGCAGCGCCCGUCUACAACCACUACGUAACGCAGGCCGUGGGUACGCUCCUCUAUUCCGUUUUCCAGACGCUAUCCGUGAUCGUCACGCUCAACAUGCUCAUUGCUACCAUGACCAACACAUUCCAGCGGGUCACCGGUAAUUCGUACGUAGAAUGGGUGUUUGGCCGGACGGAAGUGUUCCUGUCGUUCUCCAUGCACAGCGCUCUGCCACCACCGCUCAACAUACUGCCGUCCGUCCACUGCGUAGUGGAAGUGUUCGCGUACCUGUCCAAUUGCUGCAAGGCCAGCUCCGUGGGCUUCGUCAAUAUGAUAUCGUCCAAGAAAUAUCAUGCCGACUCUUAUCCGGACAACGCUUUCCGGGAGCUGAUGCACAAGCUCAGCCGACGGUACUUUCGGCACAGGCAGCGGCCCACCGACGUCAGGAUGUGCUUUCCGGCCUGCGGUUGA